AUGCCACUCAUGAUGGAAGACGUCGAUAAUAUGGAAGUCGAUAUGGACGACCUCUUUGGUGAUGGCACGGGUUUGUCUUUGCCAUCUAGACCACCACCAUCAAAAGAACUUCAUCAAAGGGUCGAUGAACUGAGAGGAAGCGGAUGUUGCCAAGGUAUUGCCUGGUCAAAGUGGGGAAGCAUUGCUUCUAUAACUUCAAACGGAUCUGGUCUAGAGUUGAGGAAUUUGAGGUGUCACCCUGAAAAUGGUACAUGGGGUUUAAGUGAAGCUACAGUAAUACCACAAUUGACUAGCAACCUCGAUGGUGGGCCGUUAAAGCAUCUUUCCUGGAGUCCCACGGGCUCCGAGUUAGCAGUCAUUGAUUCCGCUGGCCGUGUGACACUUUUGCAAAUAUUCUCUUCUCUAAAUAAACCUAUGAUGUGCCGUCCUUGUGGUCCAGAACCAGCGGAUGAUCUACAUGCAGUUGUGGGUUGUUUCUGGCUGAAUUUAGGUCCAUUUCAAAAUCGAUCUGCCCCUAGAGUGCAGCAAGGGCCAGCUAUUAAGGAAGCAUCGGGGUUUCGGUACGAUGCAUCUACAGCGCCCAAUCUUGGACCUACGCAUCCUAUUCCCACCAAAUCGGCAUUCUUAUAUGUCACUUCCAAUGGAUCUUUACGUCUCUUGUGGCUACAGAGCAAUGGCAAAUGGCUCGAGUCGCACACUGAACUAGAAAGUAUUAUUUCAUCCGAUGAUUUAAUCACCCAUGCAGCGAUAUGUGCAGAGAGAAGCCCGUCCCUUUUAAUUGCGCUUGCUACUUCCUCGAAGCAGUUGCGUAUAUUUCGAGCUGUUAUACACUGGGGUCUUCCUCAAACGCAAGAAAAAGUAAACCCAAUGACAAUGACCUUGAAUGCAACUCUACAAACCAAGCCUCUUACUGUAACGAGUUGGUUGCAUGAUGUUCCAGGUGAUACUUUGAAUGCAUCUCAUCUGGAAUCAUCAAUGGUACAGCUUUCUCACCUAAAGUUUUUAUCUCCAACUGUAGAUAGUAAAAACCACAUAACACCACCAAUUGUUAUGGCCGUUCGUUCUUAUCUACCUGGAUCGACGUCUCAUUACAACCAAGAGGUCUAUUCCACUGUAGAUAGGUGGGAGUUUAGGGAAAGGCCACAACAACCAGUACAUUCUGCCUUUGAGAAUUUGUCAUCGCGUAAGAGUACCGACGGCUCACAACCGACAAAACCCGGGGUUAUUGCUCAGCUCAAGAAGCUCGAAAGUUUUACAGUAAAUAAAAUUAUCGUUGCCGUGCAAACUAUGUAUCUUGGAAGAGUCAUCAGCUUUGCAUAUAGUGAUAGUUCGGUCGAUUAUCGUGAUAGAAUCACUAUGAUCGAAACGUUCAAUGAUGACGAUUUAGAUCGGGUUGUUCAUCUUUCUCAAAUUGGAUUUUCCUACACUGAAGAUGAGCCUUGUUUACAAGUUGCGUUGUCUCCAAGUACUUGCUCGUUGGUGCAGAUAAGAAACGACGGCAAGGUCAAAUGGAAGCAAUUAGAUUAUCAUUUGGGAGAUAUUGGGUCAACAAUGGAACACCCACGGUAUGCCGCAAUGAUAGCUGCUCUAUCCAUAUCUUGUUCUACAUCAGUUAUUAUGUCUAUGAACUAUGAUGACAUAAUUGCUACUGCUCACAACCUCGCAAAAACGAAAGACAAUCUUGCAUAUGAUUGGCUCAAUGAACUAGCUAAAAUUCUGAAAAUUAUUGCUGAUUAUUCGGAAGAAGCACAUUAUGAUGUACUAAUACGGAAUACCAUGAUACAAUUGUGUCUUAGCAUUCAGAACUCGCUAGGCUUUACAGGAGAAUUCAAUGCUCGUAAAUUUGCUGGAAAAUUCUCAUGGCUCGUUUUACAGUUGCGCAAUACUGUGGUGCUUGUCACUAUGGCUGCAAACAUGAAAGUCCCUGGUCCAACUCAUGAUACAAAAUCAACGCCCCUCGAUGAUCCAGAGGUAAUCACUGCCCUUGCUGGUUCUGUUCGCUGGGUUCUCGAUCUCAUGGCCUGGAUAACCGACACUCUCCUCGAACUUCCCAGCACCCUUCCAGAAAAUCUUUCCGUAACAAAUCCCACCAAACUCUCACUCCCAGAACUUCUCGCCUACCUCCAUGCCACCAACAACGUAACCCUCCAUCUCCUCCUUUCUUCUCCUACCCGUGGCUUCCUUACUGCUAUUUGUCGGCGCCUCCAACAUCUUGACUACGUAGCUCGUAAAGCCAUCGCAACCAAUACCAAUCAUCCAAGCCAAGGAGGACAAGGACAGCAAAGCAUUUCCCCGACACUGAGGGCUGCUUAUGUACAAAUCGCUAAUUUGACGAGUAACUGCAUCGUCCGUAUCAAAACAUUCGAAGCCCUUCUCUCAUCCCUAACCUCCUCGAUCAAAUCCGCAUACACAAAUCAUAAACCGCCUCUCUCAGGAAACACAAAUAAUAGCACAGGUCCUUCGCGCAAUAAUCUCGAAAUAAAAAUGCUUCUAGGAGGCGAAAUUCCCACAGCAUUUAAAGCAGUUAUCAUCGAUCUCUUCAAAGGCGUACAGGAUAACGAAUCUAAGACUCAAAACGAUUUAGGAGCCAAUGCAGCAGCACCUGGCUAUUUAUCUAGCGUUCGUCUAGAAAUCGAUCCUGCAAAUCUAUGGUUCGCAGAUUUUACAAUGUUGGAAGUGGACGAGGAUGAGGAAUCGGUGGCGAAGAGAAAGGGUUCAGGGGUUACGAUGGAUUGUUUUAGGAAAACUUGGUUGAUCAACCCUCCCCCGAAUUCCUCUAAAUCACCUUUGAAUAAAGCAAUUGAAAAUGGAAACCCAGUGGAUAAGGAUAAUUCUCUACCGACGAUUCAGGGAUUAGCUACACCGCAAGGGGUAGGGAGCAGUGCUAAUACAAAUGGCAGUGCUAAUGGUAAUGCGAAUGGGGGGCAAGGAAGUGGAAAUACAACAAAGCGCUGGAGAAGAUGUGCAAGAUGCGCAGCGGUCAUGGAAGAUGUGCUGAGUCAAAGGCCCGCAUUACAGUGGUUGGUUAUGCAGCAGAGAAGAUGUUUUUGUGGAGGCUAUUGGGAUACGCUUGUCAAUGGGGAGAUGGUCGCGUAG